GCUGGAGAGAGAGAGAGAGACACACACACAGACACACACAGACACACACACACACACACACACACACACACACAGAAACAGAAGGAUCAAUCAUCGACUAAAACACUAAAACUAUAUACAAAGUUUCUUCUACUUUGGUUUCUGCAACUCUCAAUUUAUCAAAACAACUCACCAAAGGAAAAGCCUCUCAGAGAGAAUGGCAGUUUCCACCACAGCAGCUUUGAGUCUGCUGCUGGUUGCGAGCAGCGUUCAGUUCAGCCAGCUAACGGAAGCUUGCACUUGCAUGCCAAACCAUCCUCAAGACGCCUUCUGCAGCUCUGACAUAGUUAUUCGGGCAAAAGUGGUUGGGAAGAAGCUACUGAACCAUGGGCCUUUUGGGACAAUGCGCUACACCAUCAAACAAAUGAAGAUGUAUCGUGGCUUCAACAAAGUGCACCACAUUCAGUACAUCUAUACAGAAGCCUCUGAGAGCCUGUGUGGUGUACGCCUGCAGGUGAACAAAUUCCAAUACCUAAUCACAGGUAGAGUUUACGAUGGUAAAGUCUACACAGGAGUAUGUAACUUUAUCGAGCCAUGGGAGAAACUGACCUUAUCACAACGUAAAGGUCUUAAUUAUCGCUACCAGUUUGGCUGCAAUUGCAAGAUCAAACCCUGUUAUUACUUGCCAUGCUCUGUGACAGCAAAGAAUGAAUGCCUGUGGACCGAUAUGUUGUCUGACCAGGGAUACAUGGGACAUCAGGCUAAGCACUACGGCUGCAUGGAACAGAAAGGAGGUUACUGCAGUUGGUACAGAGGAGCCAUGUCAGACAAAACCAAGAUUAAUGCCACAGACCCCUGAAAGGGACAUUCCUCUGUAAACAAAAAAUGCUGGCCAGCAAAGGCAACCUUUUUGUGUGACCAGCCACAACUUAGUGCCUGCCUGCUCCCAGUAUUAGUACAUCAAACACAGACUUCUAUCUAAGCCAUUUUCUUAUUUUCUCAGAAUUACUCUUAAAUUGCCCAGUGCUUGGGCCAUUUGACUCCAUGCCAAUUAAUGUUGCUUCAGAUUUGCUCCUUACAGUAACGGAUAUAUUACUGAGCUUCUUAUAUAUAAAUAUAUUUUAAUAUUGGAGUGUUUUGAGCUAUACAUAACUGUUACUGCCUUUUAUAAAUGUGGCACAAUAGAAGGUGCCUUACCCCAUAAGGUUCCAGGUGAAGAUAUUUUGGAUAAGUUUUGUUAAUACUUAAAUAAGAUCUUCAAAUUCUGAACAUUUGUGGUUGUUGUAAAGUACAUUGCUUACAGGCAGCUCUGCAACCUAUUUGGUUGGUGGGUUUAAGCAACUUUAUCUUUCAUGGUUGAACUGAUUCCACUUUGGAAAAGCUUCAUAAGUGUGCUUUUCUUCUUCUUUUACAUUACAGUAAAGAACCGAUCUCAAUAUUAUAAAGCUCCAUGGAGACUAGCCAUGUUGGACAGGCUUGCUGCUGCAUUUGUAUAGCUGAAACUAGCUUCUUUACCCAGAUAAUAGAAUGCCUGCAAUAUUUUUUCAGUUUUGCACUGCCUUAUGGAUGAAGGAACCUUGGCAUUGGCUUUUUUACACUUCUACGUACAGACAAUUGCAGAAGAUCUAGUCUCUCAUCAAUGGCUCACAUAAUGCAGAAGUGUAAGCAUAUUUACAGAGAAGCAAAAGCUGAAUAGCCUUCUACUUAAUGCUUCUGGGUUUUAGCUUGCAUUAAAAAUGAAUGUAUUUGCAGAAUUGUGAUGCCCAAAGCACCAGUAAGAUCUCUGAAAGGCACGUCAUAAAAAUGGAACUUGACUAAAUGAGGAGAAUUCCCUCUCCUCUAUGAUCCUUCUCACUGCUGGGUGGGAUCACACUGGAGAAUGUCAGAAAGCACACUGCUUCUCCUCGAGGGGAAGCAACAUUGCCUAUUUGUUCCUCAUCUGCACACAUAUGUGGGGGCUGGGGAAUAGGGCUAAGGAUCCCAAAGGAUUUGCUGACCUUCUGCUAAGUUCCCACCAGUUUCUGGGGCCAUAAUGAGGAAGUUGCUGUAAACACCAAAGUAGAGCACACGGCUGACUCUAUACUAUCUCCUUUCAACUGCAACUUGCAUUAGUGGAGCACCUGUAAUAUGGAAGAACACACCAAGGUGACAUAUAGGCAAAUAAACAGAAGGCCUUAUAGUUGUAAUGCAUUUCACUGCAGGUUGAAGUUUACUGGAGCUACUGCAUGAUUACAGAGCACCGAUGCUCAGAAAGAAUGUUCUGAACCUGAGAUAAUGGGGAGCAUCAUUCAUAUAGCUACAGAACACUUCUAAUCAACCACAAUUUGCAAAGCCAAGCAGCACAAAUGAUGAGGUUUUAAAAAUUGUUGUAAUUAUUGGAAACAAACAAGCCAAAUGCCUGUUUGUGUCCAACAAUUACAAUAAUUCCUGCCUGGACUUGCAGACCUCCCUUACAUUGCCAGGUUAUAAAAUUUCAAACUGGUCCUUAUAUUUUCACACAAACAUCAUGUAAAUUCUGAUCAACAAAUAUUCCAGAAAAGAAAUCACCCAAAAUUUUGUGGUGGAAACAAGCACCUAACUAUAUAUAAUUUGUUUAAAUUUUAUCAACUAGUUACAUGAGCUAUAUUCGACUCAGCAUAUGGCUGUAUGAGUGGGCAUUUCAUCCUUAUGGAGAACAUCUUUAAUUGCUUGAAAAGUAUUCUGUGUUGUGUCUGGAUUAAGGGCCAGGCAAGAAACAUACAGAACUCUUUUGAGGGGAAAAAAGGAAUUCAAAGCUCUUUUUCAAAACAUUUUCCUGUAUCUUUGUGAAAUCAGUUAUUUUUAAUUUUCUUAUAGCUUACCUGGUUUGGUGGUUCACGUAAGGAUGCUGACAUCCUGUAUAUCAACCAGGAUGUCAGCAUUUUUACAAGUAUAGAAGCCAGGUUGUGUUGUGUUUGUACACUUUUUUUUGUCUGUGUCUAGCUGUUUGAUAAGGGCAUGGUUUUGGAGGGGGAGGUAGAGUUGGGAUUUAAACAAAGCAAUUAAAAGAUAAGGUGAAACAAAGCUUUCCUGAGGGAAUGUACUUGUUGCUAAAUUCACAGCAUUAUUUGCAAAUUUCUCUGUAUUAUUUAUGAAUUUUAUAUUCCAUGAAUGUAAAUUGCCUUUUCAGAAAUUAACUUUUCAUGUGUCACGUUUAGAGUCUUUUCUACUCUAAGUAGUAAAAAUGCUAUCAUAGUAA